UUUAUUAUUAUUAUUCACCCUGAUUUUUUUUUUUAAACUUUCCAUUUCAACUUUAUCAAUGCAGGUAAGGCAACUGCCAACAGACUCCCACGUGCAAUACCGACCCGGCAGCCGAAUCGAAACAUUUCUCUGUGUCCUGACACCGUACAGGUUUAAGGUUAUUUCGGUCGUUUGUGGGUGGAACUGACUUGGAAGCCGAACGCCGGCAAAAUGCUAUGCAAACCGGACGGAUGGCUCGUCUAUGUUCGAACAAGAAGCUUUAGCAGGACAUUAGAAGCCAAAGCACAAAUGGGGCCGUUAACUUCCACUUUUUGUUUUUCCAAUGUGGAUUCCAAUUUUCAAGGACGGUUUCGGGGAUGUCCGUAGACGCGACGCUCUUGUUCCGAAGGUGAAGCGGAAGUGGCGUCUGAGCGUUACGGCGGCUCGUAGGGUUCAAUGUUCGCAGCUAGCGACGCUGACGAUGGGAGACGGUGUUUGCGAGGAGCUCGAAGACUUGGUCCAUUUCUCGGUGCACGACCUGCCGACCAGGGGCUAUGUCGUCAUGGAGGAAGUCCGACGGCAGGGAAAACUGUGUGACGUCACGCUCAAGGCAGGCGAGCACAAAUUCAGCGCCCACCGCAUCGUGUUGGCCGCCUCGAUCCCGUACUUUCACGCCAUGUUCACCAAUGACAUGGUGGAGUGUAAACAGGAUGAGAUCCUCAUGCACGGCAUGGACCCCAGCGCUCUGGAGGCCCUGAUCAACUUUGCGUACAGCGGCCAUGUCGCCAUCGACCAGCAGAACGUUCAGUCUCUUCUGAUCGGUUCCAGCUUUCUGCAGCUGCAGAACGUGAAAGACGCUUGCUGCUCCUUCCUGCAGGACAGGUUGCAUCCAAAGAACUGUUUGGGGGUGCGUCAGUUCGCAGAGACAAUGAUGUGCACCACGCUUUAUGAUUCUGCCAACAACUACCUGCACCAGCACUUUGUGGACGUGUCCUUGUCGGAAGAGUUCCUCACCUUGACGACAGACGAGCUGCUCGAGCUCGUCGCCUGCGAUGAACUCAACGUUAAAACUGAAGAGCAGGUGUUUGAGGCGGUCCUGUCUUGGGUCCAUCACGAUCGAGUCAAACGGGAAUCUUUGCUUCCGGAGCUGCUGUCAAAGAUCCGACUGCCGCUUUGUCGUCCUCAGUUCCUGACAGAGCGAGUCCAGCAGGAAGAACUCGUGCGCUGCUGUCUUAAAUGCAGGGACCUCCUGGAUGAGGCCAAAGACUUUCACCUGAUGUCGGAACCUCGUCCUCACUUGCCCGCUUUCAAGACACGUCAGAGGUGCUGCACGUCCAUCAUGGCGCUCAUCUACGCUGUGGGAGGACUCAACAGCUCCGGGGACUCCUUGAACGUGGUGGAGGUCUUCGAUCCCGCGGGGAACUUUUGGGAACGCUGCCAACCCAUGAAGACGGCACGCAGCAGGGUGGGCGUGGCCGUGGUCAACGGACUGCUCUACGCCAUCGGCGGUUACGACGGGCAAUCGCGACUCAGCACCGUUGAGGUCUUCAACCCCGAGACAGACAGUUGGACCAGGGUAUCCAGUAUGAACAGCCAGCGCAGCGCGAUGGGAACGGUGGUGGUUGACGGCCGCAUCUACGUUUGUGGCGGCUACGACGGAAAAUCUUCUCUUAACUCUGUCGAGUGCUACUCGCCCCACACUGACAGGUGGUCUGCGGUGACCGAGAUGAGCGCCAGUCGCAGCGCUGCCGGUGUCGCCGUCUUCGACGGCCGCAUCUUUGUGUCCGGAGGACAUGACGGCUUGCAGAUCUUCAACACGGUGGAGUACUACAACCAUCACACCAACCGCUGGCACAGCUCGUCGUCGAUGUCCAACAAGCGUUGUCGCCACGGGGCGGCGUCUUUGGGCAGCCACCUGUACGCCGUGGGCGGCUACGACGGUUCCGGGUUCCUUAGCGGCGCCGAGGUCUUCAGCGCGGCGUCGGGUCAGUGGAGCCAGCUGGUCGCCAUGAACACGCGACGGAGCCGCGUGUCCUUGGUGGCGGCGUCGGGCCGCUUGUACGCCGUGGGCGGCUACGACGGGCAGACCAACCUGGGAUCCGUGGAGAUGUUCAACCCCGACACGGGCCGGUGGACCUUCAUGGCGCCCAUGGCCUGCCACGAGGGCGGGGUGGGCGUGGGCUGCGUCCCCCUGCAACCCACCUAAACGGGCCAGUCGCAGCCGGCGGUUCCGCCGUCGGGUGAGAAGGCCGGGAGUCGGGCUCGCACUGGACAACCGCGGCCGACGGUUAGCAUUGCGGGCCGACCGGCGGCAGGCGCCUUGAUGGCGGUCGCGUCCACGGUCGCUCGCCGCUUCCUCUCCUUUGGGACGGGAAAUGGCCCGUACGUCCGCUUCACGAUACAAGAAGCCGUCCUUGUUGUCAUUUCACGAGGCUUUUAUUUUGGUAACAACAGGAAUGAGACCUGUGUCCUCAUUAAGUCCAAAAAUCAACAAUGUCUGGAGAAUGUGAACGUGGAGCAAACUUGUUGCAAGUGCAAAAGAAAUAAAGUGGCUUCCAGAA